AUGAAGAUGGGAGGAAAACAGAAAAGACAACAAAAGCUAUGGAAUGUUCCACAGAUUCCUUGCAUUCGAGUCCCUCACUCUGUCUCUGAUACUUCACUGCUGAAGGACCUAACCCAAGGGCAGCAGCGCUUUUACAGCAGCAUGAGGAUUCACAAUCCCAGGGCCCAGUGGGUGGCCCUGCAGACCUGCUAUGUUCACGGCCUUCAGCAACAGCAGCUGCUUGGCUAUAUUACUCAACAGGAGGCCUUGGCUUGUGCUGCCUUACUUAGAGAUUCAACCAAAAGAGCCUCAGCCAAGGCAGGUUGUCAUAGAACCAUCUCCCAGAGAGCCUCAGGCAGGACAAGAACAAGGCCCUCAGCACUACCUGUGUUUGUGGUUCCACUCAGGGCCCAAAGCACAGGGCUCCGAUCCCUCAGGACCAAGGCUUUGCACAAGCUCUGA